UUUUUUUUUUUUUUUUUUUUUUUUUUGUCCAUAUUAUAAUUACACUAUUGCUACGCCAAGUAGGCCGGAAACAAGUCAGGGCGAUGGCGCAGGCGACGAGUGUCUACACGCAUUUAGCACUGGAAUUGAGAUAAAAACGUUCAUGGCGGAUGAGCCCCCAGGGCUGUGCUUGCUGCUUCCAACCCUAACGGACAUCCCACACCAGCAUUGCGAUCACCUGCGUUGUUACUGGAGAGGACGAGGGGACGAAUCGUCGACCUGCUCUCAUGCAUUGGGGUUUUUUUCCGUCGCUCCCAGACAUAGUCUAAGUAGACGAUAUGGUUGUUUUAUUGGAGCGAUCGGAGAUUAGUGUCGGCGAUUGCAGCUGUGUGUAGUUUUGAUCUUGUUGGUGACGCCGGAGCAAGCAACAGCUGCAGUACUCUCCUCGACACACCCUGAGCAUUGAGGACAGCACUCCACAAUUGAGUUUCAUCGUAAAAUGUCGUCGCCUUCCGGAUUUCUCACCGAUGAGCAACGGAAGUUGAUGAGAUCGUUUUCACAGGGACGAGACAUUCCAGAAGAGAAGAAGUUUGUAAGAACAGUAUCUCAUGGGCAGCACGCUAUGCCAGAUCUUGCGGGUUCACCAGAGACACGUGAAAAGUCUGGCGCAAAGCUUGUCUCGGUUAGCAGUGGAGAAGUCAAAAGGGAUCGACAUUCUCAUUCUGGAAAAUGUGGUAGACCCAAGAAAGGCGGUGGGGGUGGGAAGGGUACAUGGGGGAAGGUUCUAACUGCUGACAAUGACCUUGAGCUGGAUAGGAACGACCCCAAUUAUGAUAGUGAAGAGGAGCCCUAUCAACUGGUGGCUGCACCAGCGUUGCAGUCCUUGGAGGAGUAUAAGGGGAAGGUCGUUAGUCUCAUCGAAGAGUAUUUUGCGGCAGGUGAUGUUGCAAGUAUGGCAACUGAUUUGAGUAACCUCGAAUCCCCUAAUUACCACCAUCACUUUGUUAAGAAACUCAUAUCCAUGGCAAUGGAUCACCAUGACAAGGAGAAAGAGAUGGCGUCUGUGCUGCUGUCGGCAUUAUAUGCCGAUGUAUUGAAACCAGAGCAGUUGGCGAAAGGUUUCACAAACCUGUUGGAGUCUGUGGAGGAUCUAGUCCUGGACAUCCCAGAAGCUGUUGAUAUUUUGGCAAUAUUUUUGGCUCGAGCUGUAGUUGAUGACAUCUUGCCCCCUGCUUUCCUGUCCAAGACACGAAAGUUGUUGGUAGAUGGUUCUCAGGGACUCGUGGUGGUCCAAAAGGCGGAAAAGAGUUACUUGUCUGCACCUCACCACGCUGAAAUCAUUGAGCGUAAAUGGGGUGGUAGCACGCACACCACAGUUGCUGAGGUUCAGGCUAAGAUUGUUACCCUUCUCAAGGAGUAUGUGGAAAGUGGCGACAAAGCUGAGGCAUGUCGCUGCAUCCGCGAAUUGAAUGUGCCGUUCUUUCAUCAUGAAGUGGUGAAGAAGGCGCUGGUGUUGGCCAUGGAGGAACCAGCAGCUGAAGGGAAGCUUUGGUCUUUACUUAUAGAGACCGCAGAGGAGGGGUUGAUUACCUCAAGUCAAAUGUCUAAAGGCUUUACCAGGAUUUCGGAUUCUAUCCAUGACCUUGCACUUGACAUUCCACAAGCCAAGGACAAGUUGGAGUCGUUCACAUCAAAGGCUGUGGAGGAGGGUUGGGUUAGCGCUCCGUUUUCACGGGCUGUGGUCUCAGAGCUCGGAGCAGGAACUGUUGGGAUCCAAGAGGCCCGAGCUUUCAAGGCGAACGCCACAAAUAUUAUCCAGGAGUAUUUCCUAUCUUCUGAUAUUUCUGAGGUGAUAACAAGCUUGGAGGAUCUUGCUGCUCCUGAUUACCAUGCUGCGUUUGUGAAGAGACUGAUUCUGCUGGCUCUGGACAGGAAGAAUCGGGAAAAGGAAAUGGCUUCUGUAUUGGUUUCUGAACUAUAUGCAGAGGUGAUAUCCAUUGCAAGCAUAGCAAGAGCAUACACACUGCUUCUCCAGUCUGCAGAGGACACUUCCUUGGAUAUUCCCGACGCAGCCAAUCAGCUGUCCUUAUUUUUAGCUCGUGCCGUGGUUGAUGAUAUUCUGGCCCCUCUGCACCUUGACGAGAUUAGCGAGCAGCUGGUUGAGGGUUCUCUUGGAAGAGAGAUUGUACGCAUGGCUCAGUCUAUGCUAUCUGCACGGCAUGCAGGAGAGCGAAUCCUACGUUGCUAGGGGGGAGGUGGUACUGGGGAAGCUUUAGAAGAUGCUAAGGAGAAGAUCAAGUCGCUUCUGGAGGAGUUUGAUGCAGGGGGUGAGCUGAGUGAGGCUUGCCAAUGUAUUCGUGAUCUGGACAUGUCUUUCUUUCACCACGAGGUGGUAAAGAAAGCUGUAGUGAUGGCCAUAGAGAAGAACAGUUCUCGUCCUCUUACGCUACUGAAGGAGUGUGCCAACGAGGGACUUAUUACUACCAGCCAGAUGACGAAGGGGUUCAGUCGAGUGAUGGAUGCACUUGAUGAUCUUGCCCUUGACAACCCCGAUGCAAAAGACAAAGCAGCUCAGUACGUGGAACAGGCCAAGAAGGAGGGCUGGUUGAAGUCCACUUUCGGUGAAACUGGGCCUUCUUCUAAUGUCACAAAUGGUUUAUGCUGCUGAGCCCGCAGAUAACCACUCGUGCUUUGCCUGUUCACCCAGACUGAUCUACAGAGCGGCUGCUCAAGGUUGUUCAUUGAUCAGUAGCAAGCGGAUAGCAGGCCUUUUCUGGCUCUCAUGUUUAUAUCAAGUUCUGGCGGUGGCGAUGGACAAGCACUAAAGUAUCUCAUCUUUUUAACGUACUGGGAUCAUUUCAGCCUCCAAUGUCCUGGCGGAUCGCGUAUGAUCCGUAAAUGAAAGUCUUAUAGAACUUCAAGCAGCAGAGAUCUUGAUGCUUUCCGCAUUGCUGAUCUGUAUCAGUUUAUCUGCGCAGCUUGGUUUCUGUCCAGGUUGAAGUGGUAAUUAGGCCUGCUAUUGAUCACUAUGCAUCCAGGUGGUUCUCAGGUUGACAGCCCAAGAAUCAAUUCCUGUUAUCAAGUACAGUCUUUGUACUCUUGUUAUCUUGUUUCGUGAAUAGCUGUACAGCUCGAGGUAGAUUUGAAGUUCUAUGUGUCUCCUUUGGCCAGCCGCUCUUGUUGUCCAUCGUCUUAUGACUUUAUGGUUGUUAAGGCGAUGAUUUGAACGCAGUUUAAUUGUGUUUCGUGUCCAAUGAAGACAUCGCAAGCGUAGCAAACUGUGUAUCAACGUGUAAUCUUUUGUCAAUGCACUGAAGUGCCAGUAUUUUAAGUAUUUUGUGCAGAUACUUGGAACUGAAAGGGGGUACUUGGCUCGACUUGUGCCUGGUUAGCUUCU